UCCUACACCAGUCAGCACUUCAACACAGAUAAGCAUUCAAAUGUUCCCCAAUCUCCCUGAUAGAUAGUUAGGUUCAGUAAUAUGUAUGUAUUCAUUUAAAAUUGUCACUCCGCUAACCUCCCAGGAGCUGUAACUAUUCAUACAUAAGAAAAGUGAUUAAGUUGCUGUAAGUGCUAUAAUUUCAAGCCUGUCAACCUGCCAUUUGGGCGUCACUGAACACCCACACACGCACGUUAUCACCACUUCCCCCUUAACUAAACAUUGUCUUAGAGUGGUUCACACGGGAAUCCACCCAUUUUCCAUCAUUACCGCACUAAAACCCAGAGCGAAUGUUCACUUGUCCCGAGGCUUGUCUCAACAUCAUUGACAACCGCUCGGAAAUAGCCAGACGAGCACCCCACUACCACAUUACCAUCUAAACAGUGGCCGUCAGAAGGAAUGUAGCGUUGCCUUGAAAAAAAAGACUUUACACUUGCAACAAUAAACAAUCAAUCUAUCAUCAAUCAGGUUGUGCCGAUAUGGAGGCCAGACUCUCCAACGGGUCACCUUUACAGCAGGAGCAAGAGUGUAAACAAACCCUCGCAGCGCCGCGGCCGUGAACUCACCGGCUGCCCGCAACACCCAAGUUAAUACCUUUACUCGCCUUUACCUGGACCAACACUACACAGACUAAUUACCUGGAACACGUGGGUCAUGACGUAUACACAGGGAUCGGAUUAAGCGUGUGUAAAGCCUUGAGCGACGUAAAAAAGCGGUGGGCCCCGAGCUCCGUGGGCAUGGCGAGCGAGGCGAGCAUGGAGGGCGGGGACAAGAAGCCGCUCUUCACGCCGCAGGAGAUCGACCAGAUCGCCAAGUUCCUGGUCCUGAACCAGCGGCGGGAGCGCGAGAACAUGAUCAUCCCGCGCAGCUUCACGCCCACCGUCAUCAAGUCCAAGGAGGAGAAGAUGGUGGAGGCGACCUUUGAGAGCUGCGCCUUCAAGUCCGUGCUGUCCCUGGUGGCCGGGUUUGUUCUUGGUGGUGGCAUUGGUCUGUUUGCUGCCAGUGUUACACCCAACAUCCCCACGCCAGACAAGCCUCAGCCCUCUGCCCGAGAGGUCCUCCGGGAGUUGAAGGUUUCCACGUUAUCAUACGGGAAAAACUUUGCGGCUAUCGGGUUCAUGUUUUCUGGUGUGGAGUGUGCCAUUGAGACGUACCGAGGGAAGACUGACUGGAAAAAUGGCACCUACGCAGGAGGCAUCACGGGUGGCAUUCUGGGACUGAGAGCUGGCGUCAAAGCCGGGGUGGUCGGAGCGAUUGGGUUUGCUGUGUUCUCCUUUGCCAUUGACUCCUACAUGAGGCACUGAGCGUUGGUGUUACAUAAGGAUCAGAGUUGGGGGGUGAGAUCGGGGUGUCAGUUGUUAGUAGGGUGUGAAUGUGUGGUGACUGUGAAUGAAGGGAUGUCUUGGCCUUGGAUUGGGAGGUUGUCACUUUGUUUGGCAGGGACUAGAGUGUUACUAACGGCUUGCUUGUUGAGUUGUGAAUGCUCUCAGACUGUUGUGGCUCAUACCUUGGAGUCUCCUUAACUGUUGAAUUUGUGUGAAGAAAACCACACAGUAUAUUUUGUAAGAAAUGUGGAUGCAAAUGUAGAUCUUGAAUGCUCUCUUUGGUAGGUGUUUUGGUGUUCAUGUAUUCCAUUCCUUUAUUCAUUUAAUCUUCUUUCUUUUUGUUUAACAUCUUAUUUUUCUUUUCAAUUCAUUUAGUCUAUCAAAGAAUUCAUCUGAGUAGAAACUUUAAAGGCCUUCCAUGAUUUUCUUUGUGACUUUAUCUGUUGACUACUGUUUGCUUAAGGUUAUGAAGGAGGCAUCAUUGGGCUUGGCUAAGUAAUGAGUCUUUGGAGUGCAGAGGAAAUGCUUGGCUCCUUUACUUUCCAUCAAAACCACUAGGGCAUGAUGGAGGUGUUAGAGAGGGAGUGUUGAGUGUGCAUUGGUAUUUUUGCAUCUUAUUUUGUUCCUUCAGGGUGACUUAAGAACAUUUGACUUGCAUAGUAGUGUUGGAUGCUUUUGUGUUUGCCAAGAGUACUAGAGGAUGAUGGAGGUGUUAGUGAAGGAGUGUAAGUGUGCAUUAGUAAGCUGGCCUCAUCUUUUGAUCCUCAUUGGUGACUCCUAUGAAUA